AUGGGUGUUAACAUUGAAUUUAAUGAUCAACAUCCCAGCCAAUAUGCAGCCAAAGUUCGCCAUUUUAACAUGAGUGAAACUGCAAUUAUUGGAAAUAAGAUUAAUAAGCUUCUUAGCAAGGGGGUUAUUAUUCCCUCCAUACAUGAGCUAGGUGAAUUUAUUUCAUCAAUCUUUCUCAGACUUAAAAAAGACGGCUCAUAUCGUAUGAUACUUAACCUCAAGUCUUUCAAUGAAUUUGUGAAGCAUCGCCAUUUUAAAAUGGACACUUUAGAUGCAGCAGUAAAAAUGAUGAAGCCAAAUUGUUAUAUGGCCUCUAUUGAUCUCACUGAUGCCUAUUAUAUGGUGCCAGUGCAUGCGGCAGACCAAAAGUUCCUAAAAUUUGAAUUUUUGGGUCGCCUCUAUCAGUAUACCUGCCUUCCAAAUGGACUCUCGAGUGCUCCACGUAUAUUUACAAAAUUACUAAAACCAGUAUAUUCUACCCUACAUAGUAUGGGCCAUAUGAGUUCAGGGUACAUUGACGACUCCUACCUCCAAGGGGACACCCCUGCAGAAUGUUCUCGCAAUAUAUCAGCCACAAAAACACUUGUGACAGAGUUGGGAUUUAUACCUCACCCCAAGAAGUCAGUCACUGUCCCAACACAAAUUCUUGUGUUUCUUGGGUUUAUACUUAACUCAAUCAACAUGACAGUCUCUCCAACACAGGAGAAAAUAGACAAGACAGUGGCCACUUGCAAACUAUUGUUAGCUAAACCUGCAACUACAAUACAACAGGUUGCAGAAGUAAUUGGUCUAUUAGUCUCCAAUUUCCCUGGAGUGGAGUAUGGGCCUUUGCAUUAUCGAGAACUAGAAAUGGCUAAAUCUGCAGCAUUAACAUUAGCUUGUGGGGUCUAUGGCGCUAAAAUGACAUUAACUGAUAGUUGCAAGCAUGAAUUGGAAUGGUGGAUUACAAAUCUACCAAAUUCCACUCGUAAGAUUAUUCAUGGUAAACCAUUUGCUAUCAUUCAAUUUGAUGCUUCUACACAAGGAUGGGGGGCAGUCCGAAAGGGUACCUCUACAGGGGGUAGAUGGAGUACCAUUGAACAACAGGCACACAUCAAUGUGCUAGAACUCAAGGCAGCCUUUUUUGCCUUGAAAUCACUCUGUGUCAAUGACAGAGAUGGGCACAUCCAUUUGCAGCUUGAUAAUACAACUGCAGUUGCUUAUCUUAACAAAAUGGGGGGGGGGGACACAAUCUAG